AGAAAUUGCAUGAUAAACUCGGAAACAGAGGCCAAUACAAGAGGACGCUUGGCGUGGGGGUGUAACCAUUUAUUACCAAAUGUUCACCCUCUUCAACCCCAACUCGUAUAUCUCCUUCCUCAAUGAGGAAAGAAAGUUUUUGUAGCUUGUGGAAUAUUACGCAGAUUUUUUAGAUAGAAAAACUUGAGAGGAGGAGGGAAUUAAUUUAAUUAGGAGAUCAUAUCAGAGAGAGAUAUGGGUGGAAGUUGUAACAAAAAGUGCUGGACGACAUCAUCGUCAGCUUCUGUCAAAGUUCUGUUGUUUAUGGUUUCAUUGAUUGUGGUAACUGGGUUUGUUUCUGUUUUGGGUCCUUUGUCGUCCAACUGGUACCCCUGGCUAUUGAGCUCUGGUCUCCCUGCCUCUUCUUCUUCUUCUUCUUCUUCUUCUUCUUCUGUAAAGUUUCCUGUUUCGUCAGUAAAAGAGAGCGAAAAUCGUUUGGAUUUGGUGGUGGUUGAGGUUCACAACAUGGAAGAAGCUAUCGCCGAUGAUUCUGUCGUGAACCGAUCUUCUACUCCUCCACACGCCAUGGAACCUCUACAAACACAGACUAAUGGUACUAAGGAAGAUAUGGAUUAUACUCCCAUGAGUGGAUCCAGCAAUAAUAUUGUUCCUCCCAUGAAUGAAUCUGAUCAUGUCCCACUCUUGAAAGCCAGAAGAGAUCACACCAACCUUGAUAGAAUUGAAGCUGGUCUCAGAAGAGCUCGAGCUGCAAUAAAAGAAGCAAAACAGGGGAACCGAACUCAAGAUCCUGACUUUGUCCCCAGUGGUCCGAUGUAUAGGGAUGCCAAUGCCUUUCACAGGAGCUACUUGGAAAUGGAAAAGCAGUUCAAGAUCUUUGUCUAUGGAGAAGGGGAGCCCCCAGUGUUUCAUAAUGGUCCCUGCAAGAGCAUUUACUCUACAGAAGGGAAUUUCAUAUAUGGGAUUGAGAUGAACAACCAGUUCAGAACCAGGGAUCCUGAGAAAGCACAUGUUUUCUUCCUUCCCUUCAGUGUGGCAAUGCUGGUCCGAUUUGUCUACGUUCGUGACUCCCAUGAUUUUGGUCCGAUUAAAAGGACUGUCAUAGAUUAUGUCAAUAUCAUUUCAAAAAAGUACCCCUAUUGGAAUCGAAGCCUAGGAGCAGAUCAUUUCAUGCUUUCUUGCCACGAUUGGGGGCCAGAAGCUUCCCGUUCCACUCUUCACCUAUACAAAAACUCCAUUAGAGUUCUGUGCAAUGCUAACACAUCUGAGGGAUUCAACCCCGCCAAGGAUGUGUCGUUUCCAGAGAUCAAUCUCCGAACGGGUUCGAUACACGGAUUUCUUGGCGGGCCGUCUGCGUCCCAUCGUCCGGUCUUGGCUUUCUUUGCCGGAGGGCUCCACGGUCCUGUUAGACCCGUGCUUCUUGAGCACUGGGAGAACAAAGAUGAGGAUUUAAGGGUGCAUAGAUACCUCCCAAAAGGCGUAUCCUACUAUGACAUGAUGAGAAAGAGCAAGUACUGCAUUUGCCCAAGUGGGUACGAGGUUGCAAGCCCAAGAGUUGUGGAGGCCAUUUAUGCCGGGUGUGUUCCGGUGCUGAUUUCCGACCACUAUGUUCCACCAUUCAGUGAUGUGUUGAACUGGAAGUCAUUCUCCGUUGAGGUUCCGGUGAAGGAUAUUCCAAACUUGAAGAAGAUACUAAUGGAUAUUUCUCCAAGGCAGUAUAUAAGAAUGCAGAGGAGGGUAGUGCAGGUGAGGAGGCACUUUGAGGUUCAGUAUCCACCCAAGCGAUUUGAUGUGUUUCACAUGGUGCUUCACUCUGUGUGGCUCAGAAGAAUGAAUGUUAGGGUCCAUAAUGAUGUCGAUUUGUUGUGACCAUAACACUAAUUUGUUUAGAAUUUCUAAUUAUCAUAACCACAGAGGGGUAGGCAACUCUUACCUUGAAGCUAAAUAAUAAUAAUAAUAAUAAUCUUAUUCAUCUGUA